AUGGGAGGGUCAAGAAGGAAGUACAAGCGGUCGAGGCCGAAGGUGCAAGUCGGGUUGCCCAAGAAGAAUCCUCGGGUCUUCAAGCCCGCAUUCAAUGUCCCGCCCAAAUUCCGCUCCCUAAUUGAUCCCGACGCCAAUUGGGACGAUCAAGCCAGCGUCAUCCGCAAUUACAAGUCCUUCGGCGUCGUUUCGAACCCUAAUUUGCUCGGCGUUAGCCACCGCACCUCUCACAUCGUAGAAAAAGAUUCUCUCCAGGUCCCGCCGCCUCCUGAUUCCGACGAUGAUGUCGAGGACCCGGAUUUAAGUUCCGGCAGCGAGCUCGAGGAGGAUGAUUUGAAGUCUGCUCUUGGGAAGAAGCGAGCUGAUGGAAAAACUGCUCCACCACAACCUCUAACUACGAUGCAGCGUGUUUACAUUGGCCGUCUUAUUGAUGAAUAUGGAGAUGACUACCAGAGCAUGUUUAUGGAUACAAAGCUGAACAAGAUGCAGCAUUCAGUAGCAACACUAAUGAGCUUGUGCAAACGGUAUCACUUGUGUAAAGAUAAAAAACCUCUAAUUGUUGGUGCUUAA